AUGGUCAAGAUCACAGGUUUCACGACCCGGGAUGUGCGGUUUCCGACAUCCCUGGAUAAGACUGGCUCCGAUGCCAUGAACGCAGCGGGCGACUACUCCGCAGCCUACUGUAUCCUCUACACCGACUCCCCGCACGCUGGGCAUGGCAUGACCUUCACCAUCGGCCGUGGAAACGAGAUCGUCUGCGCCGCCAUCUCCCUUCUCGCCCCACUCGUCGUUGGAAAGGACCUGGACGAGCUCACAGCCAACUGGGGCAAGACAUGGCGCCAUCUAGUAUCUGACAGCCAGCUGCGCUGGAUUGGUCCUGAGAAGGGUGUGAUUCAUCUUGCCCUGGGAGCCGUCGUCAAUGCGCUCUGGGACUUGUGGGCUAAGACACUCGGCAAGCCCGUCUGGCGGAUCGUGGCGGACAUGACCCCCGAGGAGUUCGUCCGUUGCAUUGACUUCCGGUAUAUCACGGAUGCUAUCACUCCCGAAGAGGCCAUUGCAUUGCUCAAGGAGGUAGAGGGCGGCAAGGAGGAGCGUAUCAAGGAGGCAGAGCAGAGCCGUGCUGUGCCUGCUUACACCACUAGUGCUGGCUGGCUGGGCUACAGCGAGGACAAGCUGAAGGCUCUUCUGCACGAGACCGUUCAGCAGGGCUACAGGCACUUCAAGCUGAAGGUUGGAGGUAACAUCGAAGACGAUAAGAGGCGGUUGCGCAUUGCCCGUGAGGCCAUUGGUUAUGACCAGGGUAACAUUCUGAUGGUGGAUGCUAACCAGGUCUGGUCUGUACCCGAGGCUAUCAGCUGGAUGCACGAGCUCGCCGAGUUCAAGCCCUGGUUCAUUGAAGAGCCCACAUCCCCCGACGAUAUCCUCGGCCACGCCGCUAUCAAGAAGGCUCUCGAGAACACCCCACACGGCCCGAUUGGCGUUGCCACCGGAGAGAUGUGCCAGAACCGUGUUAUCUUCAAGCAGCUCCUGCAGGCAGGAGCCUUAACUGUUCUCCAGGCUGAUGCUUGCCGUGUCGGUGGUGUUAACGAGGUACUCGCUAUCCUCCUGCUUGCUCGCAAAUUCGGUGUCCCGAUCGUCCCUCACUCGGGCGGUGUCGGUUUGCCAGAGUACACUCAACAUCUUAGCACGAUUGACUACGUCGUUGUGAGUGGUAAGAAGAGUGUCCUGGAGUAUGUGGACCAUCUGCACGAGCACUUCGUGCACCCCUCUAGUGUUAAGGAUGGUUACUAUGUUACCCCUCUGGAGCCUGGUUACAGUGUGGAGAUGAAGCCCGAGAGUAUGGAGGAGUUUGCCUUCCCUGGUGAGCAGGGCAAGAGUUGGUGGACUACGGAUGCUGCGAAGACAAUCCUGGAGGGCCCUCGGAUAUGA